UGGGAAGUCUGUGAAUGAAGCUAAAAAAUCAGGCAAGCCUUUUCUGGAUUAUUAGUUUCCAUGACAACAACGUGAGCCAGUUGAAAUGUCAGACAGGUAGAUGACUCACAAUGGGGCAUGAACGCGGUUAAAUGAUGCAUGGAAGAAAACACAGAGAGGUUUGGACAGCCAAAAAGGAGUUAAAUCUACUGACGUAAACAACAUGGUUUAGCCGAAGGCUCGUGCUGUUUGACCAGGACGCGUGUCUGAUGCUUUGAUUGAGGUGUGAUUCCCGCCGCGUCCCGCAUCUUUCCGGAUCGGUUCUGGAGGAGAGCAAUUAAAGCAUUACAUCACCGGAACAACUCGGUUAAUUAUUUACUCAACGUGCACGGAGAAUACAAUAAGCGAUUUAAAAAAAAAAAGGCCUGACACAAAAAUGUCAGGGUUUACCGGCGUACGCUGACGGGAUAAAGAGAAGAAAAGGCUGCUCGCGUGACUGGCUCGCGUUCUUUGUGUGGAGGAUGUGAGGCAGCGCGAGAUGCCAUGGCAGCGGCGGAUGCAGCAGCAGCAGCUAACGGGCCGGAGCCUCCCGGUGUUCCGGUACCCAAUGCGUUUCCCUAUGAGGAAUACGAGUGCAAAAUCUGCUACAACUUUUUCGACCUCGACCGUCGGGCGCCCAAGAUCUUGGAGUGUCUGCACACGUUCUGCGAGGAGUGUCUCCACGCGCUGCAGCUGUGCGAGGAGCGGCCGUGGCGCAUCAGCUGCCCCGUGUGCCGCCACCGCACGCCGGUCCCGGACUACCGGAUCCAGAACCUGCCUAACAACACAAAGGCGACGGAGGACUUCCCUCUGUACAUCGACUCGGACCCCGUGCCUCAGGAUGCUCUGCCGCCUCACCGGCCUCCGCUGCACCCGGCGCUCGUGGCGCUCAGGCGCGAGGAGGACGCGUCCAUGGCUGGUCACGCGACGCCGUCCACCACGACGGUGUCCACCGCGACCACGCUGUCCCAGGACUCGGUCUCGCGCUAUGAGAGCUGCCAAAACUGCAGGCGUCUCGCGCUGACCACCGGAUGCGUGUGCGUCAUCUUCUCGUUAUUGUCCAUGCUAGUGCUGCUCUUCAUGGGCCUCAUUUUCGUGCACAGCCACGGCGGGCCGCCCUCGCCCGCGGGACCCCUCUGCCUGUCGGUGGCCAGCAUCCUCGCCAUGGUGUCUGCGAUGGUAACGUGGCUCCUCUACUGGCUCAAAGACCGCCCGGAGCACGAGACGGGCCGCUCCUCGGCCACCACUAACGCGAGCCGGAGAAACGCGUGACAGGAGAUGAGCACCGUAUGACAAGCGUUUAUUAAUACCAGUUAGUUUCUCUUCAUGUUACUAGUACUUUCAGUAGGCUAUCUUUGGUUAAACUUUAUUUUAAGGUGUCCUUGUUACAGUGUAAUUAUACAUAUAAGUACUAAGUAAUAGGAUAUUUACUAUAUGUGACCCUGGACCACAAAACUAGUCAUAAGGGUACAUUUUUCUGAAA